AUAUUUGUAUAUGAAAGAACUCAAGAAAACGCUGGAUGCAGGUGGACACUGUAUACUGGAAAUGCCAACAGGCACUGGAAAGACAGUCACUUUGCUUUCUUUUUUUGUUGCUUAUCGUGCAGCACGUGCUUCAAUUGGAAAGCUGAUAUACUGUACUCGUACUGUAGGAGAAAUAGAUAAAGUUUUAGAAGAACUUGAACGAGUAUUAGCAUACAGAAGAGACUGCAAUGUGGAUGUUGCGUCGGAAAAUCAACUUGUUGCAGUGGGCCUGACUACUAGAAGAAACCUUUGUUUACUUCCAGCAGUAAAAGAUUCUGAAACCAGAGAAGAAGCAGAUUCCAAGUGUAGAUCACUGACCGCUUCGUGGGUUAGAGAAGGUAUCACUUCAAGAAGCUCUGAUUCUUUGUGUCCUUAUUAUGAAAAUUUGCAGCAAAAAGGAGAACUGUUUCAAAUUCCUCCUGGUGUAUACUCUAUGUCAUCUCUAAACGCUUUUGGUGAAGAACAAGGAAUAUGCCCUUAUUUUACUGCCAGGAGGUCCUUACAGUAUGCUUCCAUUAUUGUUUACAACUAUCAUUAUCUAUUGGAUCCCAAAAUUUCGCGAAUGAUUUCCACCGAACUGGAAAGAGACUGUGUCGUUGUGUUUGAUGAAGCUCAUAAUAUCGACGAUGUCUGUAUUGAAACAAUGAGUGUUCAUUUGAAGAAGGAUACCAUUCAACGUUGUUACCAGAAUUUGAAUCAUCUUUCUGGACUAGUGCAAGAUGCCAAACAACGGAAUGCUCAACAACUUUUAGAAGAAUAUCAAAGAGUACUUCGGGGAACACCAUUUUUGGCAACUUCUGAAACCGACGCCUUGUUAGCUGCACCUGUUCUUCCCGACUCGGCUUUGCAAGAAACGAUUCCCGGAAAUAUUCGCAAGGCAGAGCAUUUUCUUCGUUUCCUUAGAAGAAUAUUGGAAUAUGUUCAAAAUGUGAUGCAGCGCAAUGUGGCCACUCAGGAAAAAACUGGGGCUUUUUUGCAGUCUAUGGCAAGUUUAUUGCAGUCAGACUUUAAAGCUUUGAAGUUCUCAUCGGAUCGUCUCCAAUCACUUAUUCAAACGUUACAAAUAACACAUUUAUUGGAAUUUCAACCUAUUCAAACAUUGGCAGAUUUCGUUACUAUUCUAGGCUCCUAUCCAACAGGUAAUGCAUUUGUGGUUAUUUUUGAGCCUUAUGAUGAAAGAUAUCCUUCUAUUCCUGAUCCUUUAUUACAACUGGCUUGUUUGGAUGCCUCCUUAGCUAUGCAGCCCGUCUUUUCCCGUUUUCGGUCCGUCAUUCUAACUUCUGGAACUAUUUCACCCAUUGAGCUGUAUUCUAGAAUACUUAUGUUUACUCCAGUGACAGCAAAAAGCCUUACGAUGAGCUUUCAACGAAGAAAUGUUUGUCCCAUGAUCGUUACUAGAGGUGCCGAUCAGUUACCUGUCAGUUCCAAGUAUGAUUAUCGUCAUGAUCCAUCUGUAGUGAGAAAUUAUGGAACACUAGUAAUGGAAAUGGCAAGAAUAGUGCCCGAUGGGAUUGUUUGUUUCUUCACGAGUUAUAUUUAUAUGGAAACCAUGAUACAACUAUGGCAUGAAAUGGGAAUCAUUAAAAAGAUUUCUGAAUAUAAGUUGAUAUUUAUUGAAACUCCAGACAACUUGGAGUGUACGUUGGCAUUGAAAAAUUAUCGGAAAGCAUGUGAUUGUGGUAGAGGUGCCUUAUUCAUGUGCGUUGCCAGAGGAAAGGUAGCAGAAGGAAUUGACUUUGAUAGACAUUAUGGACGCUGCGUGAUCGUAUUGGGAGUUCCUUUUCAGUAUACAGAGUCUCGUGUGCUUCGUGCUCGAUUGGAGUUUCUCCGAACCAACCUUCAAAUAAGCGAAGGAGACUUUUUAAGUUUCGAUGCAGUGAGACAAGCGGCGCAAUGUAUAGGAAGAGUCAUCCGUUCCAAAACAGACUAUGGAAUCAUGGUGUUUGCUGAUAAGAGAUUCAACCGACCCGAUAAGAAGAACAAAUUGCCCAAAUGGGUACUCCAGUUUCUUGACGAUGCGCAUUGUGACUUAUCAGUAGAUAUGGCAAUCAGCAUAGCAAGUGCUUUCUUGAAACAAAUCGCUCAACCCUUCCAUGCAGAUGCUGGAACAGGAAUAGCCCUCAUCAGUGAAGAGCAACUGCUUGAGUUGAUGGAAACCAAUGAUAAAAAAUGGGAUUCCAUGGAGCACUCCAAUUAUUUUCUUAGUUCCAAGGUAUCACAAGUAUGAGGAAAAUGAUCAUUUGCAACGACUAUCGUUUUUUUCUCCAAAUAGAAAAAACAAUUCUGUUUCUUCCCUUUUGAUGUAUUCUUUCUACUUGGUCGGUGGAAUAAUAUGUUCCAAUUCCUUUGCAUUGCGCAUUGGGUGGUAGUGCAUAGAAAUAUAACCCAUCGAAAAAAGAGCAACGCAGCUUACAAUAGAAAACAAAUAAACUGGGCGUCCACCCU